UAAAAUAAAUACAUGUAUAAGCACUUAAUAUUGUAGUCAUGAAUAUUACAAUACAAAAGCAGGUCAAAUUUACAGUUAAAUGAACCAUGUAACAUGUUAAAUGCUUUUAUAUUAUCAAACAAAGCUAUUAACUUUAUUUUUUGUGAUUUAGAUUAAUUAAAGUAUACAAAAUGCGUCACAGUAAUUCUCGUCCUACAGAAGAAUGUCCUUUAACAAAAGGUAAAAGUUACAAGCAUAAGUUAAAUAUGUAUUGUGGCGAUGGUUUAAAAUUUAUUAUAAGUUGUUUUACUAUUCUGAGUAUUUCUAUCACAACAACCUUAAUUCUACAAAUACUUUAUGCUGAUGGAACACCUCAGGAUAAAGCUGGUAUCCAUGGUGCAGUUGCUACAGAUUAUACAAACUGUUCACAAAUUGGUACUAAAAUUUUAAGGAAAGGUGGUAAUGCAGUAGAUGCAGCUAUAGCAGCUACUAUUUGUAUGACAGUAGUAGCUCCACAUAAAACUGGCCUUGGUGGGGGUGGCUAUGUUAUGAUAUAUAACCAUAAGGAACAAACAAAUCCAGUUAUUAUUGAUUUUGCAAACAAUACAAUCAAAGGUAGCUUUGCUCAAAAUGGAAUACGUAUACCAGCUCUGUUACGGGGAUUAGAACAUGCACAUACCUUAAAAGGUAAAUUAUCUUGGAAUGAAAUCAUUAAACCUUCCAUAAUAUUAGCCAGAGAAGGAUUUGUUGUAUCCAAGGAAUUAGCGAGCGAAAUAUCCAGAAAUAUAAAUUAUGAAAUUUUAUAUGGACAUCUCAGUGCUGGGGAUAUACUGAAAUUAAACGAUCUUAGUGAUACAUUAAAUGCUAUAGCACAGCAUGGCACUGAUGUGUUAUACAAUGGAACAUUAUCACAGAAACUUUUAUCUAACAAAGAUUUGCUUGUGCAAUUAGCAAAUUAUAAGCCUGAUACAUAUUUAGCAAAGAAGUUAAGUUUUUAUAAGCAUACAAUAUAUUAUCCUUCAAACGUAUCACAAUUAAAAUCAAUGAUGAAAGCAUUGGAGAACCUUCGAAUAACUACCGAAAAUGCAUCAACAAUAGGAACACAAGUUCACGUAGCUAAGGCUUUAGUACAUUCAGCUUCAAUUUUAGAACAAUUAAAACAAAAUGUGAUAAUUAUAGUUGAAGAAGAGAAGUAUACUGGAGUUAUGUCAAUGGAUUGGGAAGAUACAUAUGUUUGUAUUAUAACCGGACUUAGUGCACCAUUUGGUCUUGGAAAUAUAUCAAAUGUUGGAUUUUUAUUAGAUAAAGUUGAUACUAAUAAUAAUUUGACCAUGCUCACUCCAAUAAUUUUCCAUAAUGAAAAGGCAAUAUGUGGGUUACGAGGAGUGUUUGGAACAGAUGAUACAUUAAUUAUAGGACAAUUAUUGUAUAAUAUUAUAAUCCGUCAGUUAAAUAUUUCUGAUGCUAUCGAAUAUCCAAGAUAUUAUAUUUUAACGCACGGACUUGCUGUAGAAAAUGAUCAGAAGCAUUCUGUAGAUACUUUAAUACGAAAUCAGUUGAAUUUAAUUGUGCCACCAUCACAUGUUGAUGCUUACUUAAUAUUAAAAAGUGUGAAUGCAAUUAUUAAAAAGAAAGAUUUAAUGUCGAGCCAUUCGGAUAGCCGUGGAGGUGGUCUUUCAUCAAGAUUUUAAAUAUUUUACUUAUACAAUAUUUAUUUCCGUCCAAUUAAUAACAGACUGUUUUUAACAUUGAGACAAUAUUAAUCUCAAUAAGUACUUGAAAUAUUUUAUAGAAAUAACUCAUUUAUAAUUCUUAGAUAUUUUAUACAAAUUUAUACAAUAAAUUUUUAAAUAUUACAGUACAGUAUUAUACACAUACCUAAUUUUCUUUAUAUUUUGUCAUACUUUCAAUUGUUGUUUUUCUUCUUUAUAUUCUUUACUGAGAUUAAGUUGUCUAAACCUAGCGUACAUUGCACUUGCACCAAGCACAAUUAAAUUACUUAGCCACCACAUGAAUGACUUCUCUUCGUUAAACCAAUAAGUUGCAAGAACUGUUUGCGCGCAAGCUUUAGCGGUUCCACUGAUAUUAUGCGUUAAGGGAGAUGUUACUUUUAUUUGAAGAGCGGUAACAUAACCGAUCGCAAAACCACAAAUACCGCCAACAAUCAUAGCAGACCAAAAAAAUAAUGAUCCAAUUUUAUCAUAAUUGUAUACUGUAAUGUGUUCUCCAUUAGCUACCAUCAAUGGAAGAAAUAUAAUAACGCUAUACGCGUUGUUGUAAUAUGAGAGUAACCAAAUAUUUUGAUUUAAUGUAGGAAGUACUUGUUUCAUAUGAAUGGAAUAUAAAGAAAGUGUUAAUGAUCCAAGUAUACCAAAAAUUGUUCCAAGAACCGACAAUGAGCCUGCAAUAUGUUCUUGAUCUACUCCAAGCCAAAAUCCAGUCACAAUAAAUAUGCAACAUGCAAUGCAUUUUAUGGAAGUCCUUUGACCUAUAAAGUUAUAAUAAUUUACUACAUUUAUUUGUUUCAUUUUUUGUCAAAUUUCUUACCAAGUAUAAGGUAUGUGAAAAUAACAUUAAAUACAGUUGUUAACGAACGUCCCACAUAAUAAAAUGCAAUACCAACAUAUUUUAAACAUAAAUUGUUAGUUGCAAUCAUCCCAGUAAAUAAAAGGGACAAUGGUAAUAUCUACAAAUACAAAAUCCUUUAUGUAUUGAAAAACUAUAUACAAUGAAUAAUUAUUUUUUUUAUAAAUAUUA